AUGGCUCCAGAGAUGAUUCCGCUUGCGGGGGAAGAAAAUAAGAAGCGUGUCUGCUACUUUUUCGACUCGGACGUCAGUGGAUUUCAUUAUGGUCCUGGCCAUCCAAUGAAACCCACACGCAUUCGCAUGUGUCAUUCCCUUGUGAUGAAUUACGGGCUAUACAAGAAGAUGGAAAUUUUCCGAGCCAAACCUGCCACAAAACGAGAGAUGACGCAAUUCCACUCUGACGAAUACGUAGAGUUCCUCAGCCGCAUAACCCCCAGCAAUAUGCAAAACUUUACUAAAGAACAGCACAAAUACAACGUGGGGGAUGACUGUCCAGUUUUUGAUGGACUGUUCGAGUAUUGUUCCAUUUCAGCAGGUGGCUCCAUGGAGGGUGCUGCGAGGCUAAGUCGCGACAAGUGUGACAUUGCGGUCAACUGGGCGGGUGGACUUCACCACGCGAAGAAGAGCGAAGCAAGUGGAUUCUGUUACGUAAAUGACAUUGUACUCGGGAUCCUUGAGCUACUCCGAUAUCACUCAAGGGUUCUCUAUAUUGACAUUGAUGUCCACCAUGGAGAUGGUGUCGAAGAGGCUUUUUAUACUACAGACCGCGUCAUGACUUGCAGUUUCCACAAAUAUGGCGAGUUCUUCCCCGGUACCGGUGAGCUUCGGGACAUCGGAAUUGGCAAGGGUAAAAAUUAUGCGCUGAAUUUUCCUUUGAGAGAUGGGAUAACAGAUGAAAGUUAUAGGAGCGUCUUCGAACCAGUUAUUCGUUCAGUGAUGGAACAUUAUGACCCUGGAGCAAUUGUGCUGCAGUGUGGUACUGACUCGUUAUCCGGCGACAAGCUAGGAUGCCUCAAUCUGUCGAUGAGAGGGCAUGCGAGCUGUGUGAAGUUCGUCAAGUCUUUCAACAAGCCGCUUCUGCUUUUGGGUGGAGGUGGGUAUACCAUGCGCAACGUGAGUCGGUGUUGGGCCUACGAGACCGGUCUGGCCGCAGGGGUUGAGCUUGGUUCUGAGAUUCCGAUGAACGAGUACUAUGAGUACUUUGGACCAGACUACGAACUUGAUGUCAAGGCAUCCAAUAUGGAAGACCUUAAUACUCCUGGUUAUUUGGAACGCGUGAAGAACAUCAUUUUGGAGCAUGUGCAUCAGAUUGGUGGACCGCCGAGUGUCCAAAUGCAAGAUAUCCCACGAAUUCCGGUAGAUGAUAUUAUGGAUGAUCCUGGCCGAGAUGACGAUUUGAUCCCUCCGGACGAACGGCGGCCACAAAGCAUCUUAGAUUCAAGACGCCAGGCCGAUGGCGAGUUAUCGGACUCUGACGACGAAGGAGAAGGAGGACGACGAGAUCAUGCGAGUCAUCGUGAACUAGAUGGUACAGGUUCAGCAACUGGUCGGAGGUUCGGUGCCGCCGUGGGUAUCAUGAGCAGCGGCUCGACGCAUGGUGUUGGACCAAGCGUCGCACCCCCUGUGACGAGCGCUGCUCCACCGAGUGGUAUUUCUGGCACUGCUGGCACUGGUACUGCUACCGCUACCGCUACUGGGAGUAGCUCCCAGUCCGACAUGGACAUUGACGAGGAAUCGUCCAACGGACAAAUUAGUACCGCAACGAGGCCACGAUCAAAAUCAAAGCCACCGGCUCCAUCGACAAGUAAUACGUCCGCUGAUGUUCCUAUGUCUGGCCCAAGUUGA